ACCCGCACGCCAGCCUUUCAAUUGUACAACUUCAAGAACAUAAGUCAUUAAAUCAAUCAUUCCAUCAAUCAAUCAAUCAAUCAAUACACAUAGAAAUAUUCUUUGCUUUUCUAUUUCAGUAUUUUGCGAUUUUGACGGAUUUUUUUGCGGAAGGAAUCUAAUUUCGGCGGAAUCGACUAGCAAGACCAGCAGGUUGAGGCUGCAGGAUCUGCGAGGCUGACUCAGCCCAGGAAGCUACACGACAGGCCUUACACGUGUUUUCACCAUUUUUACCAACUUCCCCCCACAAACGAACUUUAGCAUGAUGUCGUAUCUCAAGCAACCGCCCUACACGGUCAAUGGGCUGAGUUUAACAGCGUCGGGAAUGGAUCUGCUACACCCGUCCGUGGGGUACCCAGCGACUCCUCGGAAGCAGCGGCGAGAGAGGACCACUUUCACCCGAGCGCAGCUCGACGUGCUGGAAUCCCUGUUCGCCAAGACCCGGUACCCCGAUAUAUUCAUGCGGGAGGAGGUGGCUCUGAAAAUCAACCUGCCCGAGUCUCGAGUCCAGGUUUGGUUCAAGAACCGGAGGGCAAAGUGUCGCCAGCAGCAGCAGCAGCAGCAGAACGGAGGCCAGAGCAAAGUGCGUCCAGCCAAGAAGAAGAGCUCUCCCUCAAGAGAGGCCAGCUCCGAGAGCGGGGCCAGCGGCCAAUUCACACCGCCGGCCAGCACCUCCACCCCGGCCAUCCCCAGCAGCAGCGCUCCUGCGUCCAUCUGGAGCCCGGCGUCCAUCUCCCCACUGUCUGACCCGCUCUCCACAUCCUCGUCCUGCAUGCAGAGGUCAUACCCUAUGACCUACACCCAGGCGUCGGGGUACAGCCAGGGCUACGCCGGCUCCACGUCCUACUUCGGAGGGAUGGACUGCGGGUCCUACCUCACCCCGAUGCACCACCAGCUCUCCGGGCCAGGCUCUGCACUGAGCCCAAUGAGCAGCAACGCUGUGAGUAGUCACCUCAACCAGCCCCCCGCCUCCCUCUCUGCUCAGGGCUACGGGGCCUCGGGGCUCGGCUUCAACCCCACCUCUGAAUGCUUGGAUUAUAAGGACCAGGCAGCUUCCUGGAAACUGAACUUCAACUCUGAUUGCUUGGAUUACAAAGAUCAAGCUUCGUCGUGGAAAUUCCAGGUUCUGUGAACCAACCAACCAGCCAACCAACCAACACAAAAACAAACAGACAAGACAUAAGAAAUGAGUAAUUAUAAUGAACAGACUGAACAUUCUGAGCUGGACUCACAGGAUUUGCUUUGCAGAGGGGAGGGGGUGGGCUGUCUGGGUUAGCAGAGUUUGUGAGACUCCCCCAUUUACCACUGCAUACUCCUAAUCCCUUUUUUGUUAUCACUUUGGAAAAGGGGCCAUUUAAGAUCCAGCACUAUCCAAUAAACUUUUUAUUCUAGUUCUCAUCCUUCUUCUUCUUCUUCUUCUUCUUCCUCUUCUUCGUCUUCUUCUUCUU